AGGCCGGAUGGUUCUACUUGGACAGCGGCUCCAAUCAUCGAGGUCCUUUCAAGAUCGAUCAGCUGCGUGACUCUAAGGAUUUCAUCAAUGUUCGCAUUGUGGUACAUGGGUUUUGUCCCCAGACUUAUACUCUGCGGGCGACUUAACUGGAAGCUCGAUGAUUUGGGCCGAUGGAAGAAGUGAAUGGAGCCCUCUCUCAGCCAUCCCUGACGUCUACGAGAAAGUUGCUGGAGGAACCAAGCCAGGGACUGAAAAUGGUAGCGUGGAUACGAAAACCACUGCUACUACUACGUCGGAAACCACUGCGGAGGACGACGACGACUUUAGAAAGUGGCAAGAGGAGAUUCGGAAGGCUGAAGAGGAGGCUGCGAUGCUAAAGUCUGGAAAAGCACCGAGAGCAUCCAACCCGUUCAAGAAGCGAAAGGAGGCUGACAAAGAUCGUCCGGAAGGAUUUCCAGAGGGUGAAGAGCGCUUCACUGAUGACGAUGGAACAAUCUACAACUGGGACAAGAGGAACAAAGUCUGGAUACCCGAGAACGAGGACGCGCCAGCCAGUGCGAACUAUGCAGCUGCAGAGGAGAAUGCCACUCAAGGAGAACAAACCAUGCCAGCCAGCAACCACGCAUCAAAGCAGACCGCACCGCCUCCAGAAGAGAAAGAAAAAUCCGUAGAGCACCAGGAGGCUGCAAUGCCGACUGGAAAGAAGGAAGCACAACCAGAGCCCGAGAGCUGGUUUGAGCUGAAAGUUAAUACCAAUGUCUACGUGACCGGGAUACCGGAGGAUGCUACCGUAGAUGAGGUUGUCGAAGUUUUCUCCAAAUGCGGGCUUAUUAAAGAGGAUUUGGAGACGAAGAAGCCUCGUGUUAAACUUUAUGUCGACAAGGCUACGGGCAUGCAGAAGGGGGAUGGACUCGUUACAUACUUGAAGGAACCAUCAGUAGAGCUAGCUAUCAAAAUCCUGGACGGCACUCCACUGCGACCCGGGGGAACAAAGCUCAUGACUGUGUCAUUGGCGCAGUUUCAACAAAAAGGCGAGGUUUUCGUCAAGAAACAGACCAACAGGAACAAGAAGAAAAAGAUGAAGCAAUUGGAGGAGAAAGCUCUGGGCUGGGCUGGCUCGGAUGCAAAGAAAGCACGGCCCAUCAGCGUGGUGCUGAAGAACAUGUUCUUACCGAAAGAAAUCACGGAUGAACCAACUUUACUUUCCGAGCUGGAAACGGACGUAGGCAUCGAGUGCUCGAAAAUCGGCACGGUGGAAAAGGUCCGUAUCUUCGAGAGGCAUCCGGAGGGAGUAAUCGUGGUGAAGUUCAAGAACCGGGAGGAAGGUCUCAGUUGCAUCAGGCUGAUGGACGGUCGCUGGUUUGGAGGUAGACAGAUCGAAGCAGCCGAAGACGCUGGAUUGGUGGAUUACGCGGCGGUGGUGGAUCUGGCCGAGGAGGCCGAACGGCUCGAAAAGUUUGGAGCUGAGCUAGAGGCCGGACUUUAAGAGCUGGGAUGGAUAUGGAUCGAUCAAACAGCGAUGGUAUAAUAGCUGCCUUCACAGUUUUUGCGGAAGAAUGUCACACAAAACUGUGUUGUUUUUGUCACCAGAAGUUAAUGUGGUGGAUCUUCCUGGGAUCGCGACUGUCUUCAAUACAUAGAUGAUCUUGUCAAGCGUAA